AUGGAAAAGGAUUCUUCCUUUCAGCCAGGGAGCGACACCAACAAAUCGACACCAGACGAAUCAAACAAGACUAGUGAACGCAGCGACGAUGCGAGAAGAAGAAGUAGCUUUCUAGGGUUCGAUGUCGCGGGCAGUCUUCCCUUUCGCUCCACGACGAAGGCAACGAAUGUCGGCGCUCAUCCAAAGGCAUCACACCAACACCCGAUAUUCGACGUUCCAUUCCCUGCCAACAACUUUGAUUUUCGACAAAAAGCUGAUAACAAAGUGGUUGGUCUGAAAGAUGUUCACCAAUAUCGUUCCAUGAUGGAAAAGCGUCGUGAAUGGGCCACGAGUGCUCACAGUCACAAGAGUGCCACAUCGCACGUUAUUCCCCAAGGUCCUUCAGUCGAAGAGCUCGAAGGGAAAGCACGAAGCAAAGCGGAAUCGAAUCCUAUCAAGCUCUUGUAUUUGGGAAACAUGGCGGCACUCAAAGUGUUUGGCUAUUAUCUUAUUACCUUGGAGACCAUUCUCACGUGUGCCGUAACGGUAGGCUUGACGAUUUACUGGUACCGCGCCUACGAUGAGACGGAGUGGAACGGCGGGGGGAUGGAUUUCAUUCUACUCGCCUUUGCUAUUACAUCCCCUAUUUCGGCAGCCAUCGGGAUGGCAUUUACGCGACGAGAGCGAGCCCUUGUGGCCUUGGCCGAUUUUCGCAGCUUUUCAUACCACUUGUUCUUAGCACAUUGUCUUUGGGAUUGGCCCGAUAAUGGAGGACGACAAGGGGCAAUAGACGUAGACUGGGUGGAGCACUGUGAUGCGGUCUUGGCACAGCUCAUUGGAAUGGGCGACGAGCUUGCGAGAUUUUUGUCGCUACCCACCGCGAAUCGCAGUCGACACAAGUUGACCAAACAAGGACGGAAGGAAGCGUCGCGGACCAUGGAGGUAUCGUACCAAUUGCUCGAAUCGAUCACUACACAACGGAUGACCAGACUUAUUUUGUACAGUGAACGCCUGAAAAAGAUCGGGUUGCCUAGUGGUGAAGUCUCCCGUAUUCGUCAGUACGAACGCUUUAUGUCCAAUAUGGUGGAGCAAUUGCGUAUGGUGAAGAUGUAUCGAACACCACAGGCCUUACGCUCGUUUGCGCGUGUUUUUACUUUGUUGCUGCCCCCCUUUUAUGCACCUACGUACGCCCAAGUUGCUAUGGACGUCAAUUCGUUAGGUGUUGGCAUUGCCUUUUCGAUCAUUACCGCUGUUGGUUUGACGGCACUAUUCGAAAGCCUGCAAGUCUUAGAGGAUCCCUUCACUGGCUUUCUUGCGUUGGACGGGAUCGAUGUGCGGGAGGAAUUUGAAGUGUUGCAUUAUGCCCAGUUGAUUUCAACCCGCAAACUUGUCUUUCCAGACGCUCCACCUUUCCCCGCUGGUCGACGUGGGGCGAUUACUGGCAGACAUCGAUUGACUGUACCCAAAAUGAUUGGCAAGCCACCAAUCCAAACACAUCACGAACGGCAUCAUAGUCGCUUACCUUCCAAUAUGGAUAUGAACGCUGUCGAAAAUGCAGGACACGGAACCGCGGCUACAACAUCCGGUGACAAUUCUGUUGGGACAAUUGGGCCGAGUCCAGUCGAGUUCGACUUGGGGUUAUUAAAUCUGGAUUACGUUGACGAAGAGCUAGGCACCCCCCUGGUAAAUGACGACGAAGCAACCGUUCGAGAGAGCGCGUUCACUGAUCACGAUGACGACUCGUUGAUUGGUCGGCAACGUGCUCUCUCCUCUAGUGGCCGUCUCGCUUCUCGUCGAGCUGCCUUUGCACCGCACCAAUAGCAACAAGUUGGGAAUAGUCUACUGUGUUGUGGCUGUACUCUUUGUAUAUCCCUUUGGGCAACACGACAUGCUGCUAUCAGUUUUGGCGCUGACGUGAUCUGCAAGAAGGGCGUUAUCGGUCAGAUGCUAUUGAUUCUCAUUGCGCAACCCAAAACUGCGUCUUCAUUUACUGUAAAUCCCUUACAUUCAAACUCCAAAGCAUGUUGUGGACGAUGAGCUCGCUUACAAGUGUUCCUUCUCCGCCAGCUAGACAUUCACUUAACUGU